AUGGCGCCUAUCAGUCAAUACCUAGCCACAUGUUUCUUUUUGAUAAGCAUUGCCUCUUGCGCCCCUAUGCCAGAAAUCGUACAGCGGGACGACGUGUAUGAUGUUAUCCAGCGCUUCAAGAAAACAAUCACUGAAGAUCCGAGCCACAUCACGGACACAUGGAACGGUGUCAACAAGAACAUAAAGCACGGAAGCGAACCCGAGAUUCCGGGGACAGAAACGAAGAAGGAGAAUGUGAAUGUGAAUAAGAGUGAGAACGGACAAGAGGCAAAUGAUGAGGACGGGCUGAAGAGAGAGAAUGAACAGGAGGCAAAUGAUGAGGACGGGCUGAAGGGACAGAAGGGACUGGAGUCAAAUCAUGAGGGCUGGUCGAAGGGACAGGAGGGAGUUGAUGAGGACACAUGUAGCCAAAAGGCCGGGUUUAAGGGUAAACAUCACUCAUCAGGAGAACACUCGACGGUCAAUUUUGGUGAUCUGUGCGGCGGAGGGGUUUGA